UGAAUUGAAUUCAUGGUCAUGUGGGUUCUUUGAGUCGACUGAAUUUCCAUGAAUUUGAAACAAUUAAUGUUUGCAAUAAUCAAGGUGUUUUUUUAGUUAAAUUGGAUGUGAAAUUUUUUGGUUAUCGUUAAACCGUUUCCAUUAGUGUUACACUGUGAUCAAAUCUCUAUUUCUUAAAAAUGACUCUCCUCGAUUACAAUUACCUUUCUAAGGAGCAAAUCAAAGGUUUCGAUAAAUAUAAAUACAGCUCAGUGGAUACUAGUCCCCUGAGUAAUUACAUCAUGCAUCCUUUUUGGAAUCAAGUGGUUAAGCUUGUGCCUUUAUGGGUUGCACCCAAUGUGUUAACCUUUAUUGGUUUUCUUUUAACGGUGGCCAAUGCUGGUCUAUUGAGUUAUUAUGAUUACCGGUUCACUUCGGCUUUAUCACCGAUAACAGAGGUUCCUGUUUGGGUUUGGCUCGUUUGUGCGAUUAAUCAUUUUCUUGCUCACACACUUGAUGGAAUUGAUGGUAAACAAGCUCGCAGAACGAAAGCAAGUGGGCCAACCGGUGAAUUAAUGGAUCACGGGCUAGAUUCUUGGACUGCUUUGUUUGUUCCCUUCUGUAUAUACUCCAUGUUUGGCCGAACCGAUUAUAGUUAUUCACCUUUCCGUGUUCUCUUCAUCUUUUGGGCUGUUUUUGUAACUUUCUACCUCUCACACUGGGAAAAGUAUAACACCGGUGUACUUUAUCUACCCUGGAGCUAUGAUUCGAGUCAAUUAUUGUUAUUUGUCCUCUACCUGUUGACUUUCCAGUAUUCAAAUUCUAUUUGGAAAAUCGCAAUUCCUCACAUUAAAUUAUCUUUAGGACAAAUUUUUGAAAUUGUAUCUCACGUCAUGGCUUUUGGUUUCUCGGUUCCAGUCACUGUUUACAAUGUAUACUCAGGAUACAAGAAUAGAACAUUGAAACAAAAAAAUCUCUGGGAAUCAUUUAGACCAUUGAUCUCAUUGGUCUUACUUUUUGGCUUCACCACUUUCUGGGCCGCUUAUUCCCCAUCCAAUGUGAUUAAUACCGAUCCAAGGAUGUUUUACUUUAUGGUUGGAACUCUAUUCUCAAAUAUUAGUUGUCGUUUAAUUGUCAGUCAAAUGUCAAACACCCGAUGUGAAGGAUACAAUUGGUUUAUUGUACUUCUAACACUAAUUGUUACCGCAGUUUUCAAGAUCGAAUUGGUUCAAUUAUACGAACUGGAAAUUCUUCGAGUUUUCACAUUGAUUGUUACAUUGGCACACAUUCACUAUGGUGUUUGUGUAAUGCGACAAAUGUGUCGACAUUUUAAGAUAAAUUGUUUCUCACUUAAACCUUUGAAAAUAUCAAAAAGCUAUAGAAAUGGCGAUUUAGAUUGACAUGGAUUUUUGUAGUUCUUUUCCGUUUUCCUGUUGAAAUGGUGUUUUUCUUGUCCGAUCAAAUUUACUGAGAGUGAGAGAUCAUUUUCUCUCUCAUAAUCUACUGUUUUCAUUUCUUGUUUUCGGCUCAACAUUUAAACCCUCAAAUUCAAGACUCAAAACAAGAACAUUUUUUUCCCAUGGACAAAAUUGUGAACAAUUUACACAAAAUACAAACAAUAUCAAAGCCAAGAACAACAAUCUCAUUGGAAUACUAAUAACAAUCAAAUUUUACUAUUCCUUAAUGGUUAAUAUCUUUCAUUAUUAUUAUUAUUUCUUCCCAAAAUUAAUGUCAAUUAAAGUUAAUUUAAAUCCA